CACAACUGUUUUAAACAGACUAUUAAAACAGAGUCUUCUGAAAACUGAAAUCCAGAAAUAUGAGCGAAAUUUGGAAUUCCUGGAACAACAGAUCAAGUUUCCAGGAGUUGACACGUCUCACUUAUUCAAUCUAACUUCCGUCAUGCGAUGUUACUGUACAUGUCGCUUUUGCUGAAAACGGCGCAUGACUAGCGAAUUCUUUUAGAAACGUAUUUAGUACUACUCCUCUAUGAACAAUAUCAGUUUUGUAUGUGAAGCAAAUCGAGUAGUUACCGAUGGGCGGCAACCAAAGUAAUUCGCAAAAAGCUGAAACAUUUCAACCGGAGGAAAACAAGGAAAAUCACAGACAUAGAGUUGGCCAAGCCGACAAAUUUGAACCUAUUAACGAAAACUUUUGCUUUCGCUAUGGCACAGAAACAGAAUUUUGGUUGUUGUUGGAACUAUUCGAGAAACAAUCAAUUAUACCAGCAGAUGAGCUUUACAAAUGGCUAGCAGAACAAUUAGGGGAUUCGACAUCAAUGAUUGUAGGUGUUCAAUAUUUAGAUGAACAAUUUACAAAUGCACCUAAACAAUUUCUAGUUUAUUGUAGAAACUGUGAGACCCUGCAGUUCGCUUUUGAAUGUUUGUCAAGCGAGGAAUUGAGUCGUCGUUCUAUUUGUAAAAUUUCAUCAUCCCAUCCGUGUCAUCAACCUGAAACCGAACUAUUGACCGACGUCUACAGUCUUUUAUCUACAAGUACAAGUCAUUCAGUUGCUGUUAAAGAAAGAUUCAAUGUUUCCGACCAAAGUAAAUAUGUGUUGUCCCAGCCUGGUGAGGAACCAUGUGAUAAAUCCAUGAUGCUCGAACAUUAUCAUCAAACCUCCCUGGGAGAAAACCAAGACCAAGUGAUUCCAAAUGACAAGUACAAAAAUGCAGAAUGUACAUCGCUGAAAAGUAAAGAAGGUUCCAGUGUCAUGAUUGCUUCAAGUGAUGCGUCAAGUGAUGACGUCAUAGGUGCAGGGUACAGUAAUCAUAAGAAAUUACCAGGAAAGAAAAAUGUGACAGAUUUUAAUCCACCAAUGGUUAACACGCCUGUUGAUCGAAGUGGUAAUUGGAAUGGUAGUUGGAAUGAGGACUUUGCUGACAGAAUUUACACAGAAAAUGUUGAAUGUAAUAAAGAAACAUCUCUCUUCACUAACAAUCCUUCGUUAAAUGAAAAAGGUCGAAAAAGAGAUUGUGUAUCAAGUUUAAAGACAAAUUCAGCAGUGGUUGCGAACAAUGCGCCACCAUCGACGAAAUGUUUUUCUGUCAAUGACUUGAAUUCUGAUAAAUUAAUAUCCAAGAGAAAUUACACGCUUGAUAAUGUCACUGAAAAAACAAAUAUAAAGAUGCAACGUAAAAAGACGCAAACCAGUUGUUCUCGCUCUCGACAAGGAAUGAUGCAACAUCCGCCGUUACAAACCAGUUCUUUUCGACCAGGAAUGAUGCAACAAAUGCCGCUACAAACCAGUUUAUCUCGCCCAGGAAUGAUGCAACAAAUGCCGCUACAAACCGGUUCUUCUCGACCAGGAAUGAUGCAACACCCGCCGCUACAAACCGGUUCUUCUCGACCAGGAAUGAUGCAACACCCGCCGCUACAAACCGGUUUUUCUCGACCAGGAAUGAUGCGACACCGGCCGCUACAAACCGGUUCUUCUCGACCAGGAAUAAUGCAACAUCCGCCGCUACAAACCGGUUCUUCUCGACCAGGAAUGAUGCACCAUAUGCCGCUACAAACCGGUUCAUCUCGACCAGGAAUGAUGCACCAUAUGCCGCUACAAACCGGUUCUUCUCGACCAGGAAUGAUGCACCAUAUGCCGCUACAAACCGGUUCAUCUCGACCAGGAAUGAUGCACCAUAUGCCGCUACAAACCGGUUCUUCUCGACCAGGAAUGAUGCACCAUAUGCCGCUACAAACCAGUUCAUCUCGACCAGGAAUGAUGCAACAAAUGCCGCUACAACACACUUAUUCGCAGGAGCAAGUGCAAGCCAGUGAUUUUUUUCGUAAGCCAAAAUGUGAUAACGAGUUUAAACAAUCAGAUUUGUCUAAUAAAGUGCCUUCAGAGAGGAAAAAACGUAGCGAAGAAGCAAAACCUUCAAAAUUUUCAGAAGAAUAUGUUCUUAGUUGUAAUCCAUUACAAGCAGAGAUUAUAGGAGACAAUAAAUUUUCGAAAGUGCAAUGUCACCUGCAGGAUAAUGAAAGAUAUUUGGAAAACCAGAAGUUGCCAGAAAAAGAGAAAGAUUGGGAAGAAAAUGUAAAAAGAAUACUUCAGCAACAACUAAGUCAAAAACAUCAUCAACAGCCUCCUAACCAACAACAGCAACAAUAUUUAUCUGGCCAGCAACCAGAAUAUUCAUCAGACCAACCACAGCAACACCAGAAGCUAAAGAUGCCAAGCAACAAUCAUAUUGUCCAAUUUGAUGGAUUCCCUCGCGAUUGCAAUGAAGAAAACAUUCUCAGAUUUAUUAAUGAACAGUGCGACAGUGUGGAAAUUUUAAAAGUUGUUCAAAUAGAAAAGGAGUGCUUUGUUAAGUUAAAUUCACAAAGCGAUUGCCAAAAAUUACACGAAGCUAUGCGAAAAUCGUCAUAUAACGGUGUAAAAAUAAAACCAUUUUGGAAAAGACUACCAAAAGAAACAAACCAAGACAGGCCAUAUGUUGUGGUAAAUAAUUUAGAUCAAAAGUUCAAGCAAAAAGACGUACAAAAUGUUUUUAAAAACUGUCAAGGUUUUGUUGAUGUAACAAGACAAGUGAAAGACAGUUACGCACGCGUAUAUUUCGAUUCCGUUGAUUCCGCAGGAAAAGCAAUUGAUCAAAGGAACAAAUUGUGCCUUGGAGGAAAGAGUCUCGAAGUGACAGCAGCGAUUGGAAUUACAGAAGAACUGGAAUGGAGAAAAUUAGAAUGUCAGCGUGUUGAAUAUUUGAAGAAAUUGCAUGAGCGAAAAGAAGCUCUUCUCAAACAAAAUGAUAAAAAACUGAAAGAUCUUGAAGAUCGCACCCCAGAUUUGAGUCGUCGAGAAAAAUAUAUGCCAUUAGAAGAGUUUGAUCGUCUGAAAGAAGCAAGAAAAACAUACAAAGGAAAGAAACAAGAGUUGGAAGAACAAAAAAAUGAAUUUGAGAAUAAAUAUUGCCAACUUUUAGAAAGCUUCAACAAGCAAAUUGAAGAUUACCACAGCGUUAACUAUAGAAAAGGAAUCGAGGAUGUUUUAAAAACUCAUAAAAACAUAACAGAAAGAGAAUUUAGAAAGUUUGAAGCGAGUUUACCAAUAUAUGCCAAGCGUACAGAAAUACUGAAACGCAUCAAUUGUGGUCAAGUUGUGGUUCUUGUUGGUGAGACUGGGUCAGGGAAAAGUACUCAACUGGCGCAAUAUCUAGCAGAAGAAAAUUUAAAUGAACGAAAAAAAGUUGUAGUAACCCAACCUCGUAAGAUAGCAGCAAUAAGUUUAGCAAAAAGAGUGUCUGAAGAGUUUGGAUGCGAGAUUGGAGAAGAAGUAGGAUAUCAUGUUGGUUUGGAUAAGAAGAUAAAAAACAAGACAAUUAUCAAGUUUGUAACUGACCGUAUUUUAUUGAAUGAAGUUUUAAAAGGAGACGAUGUUGUGAAACAAUAUUCAUAUAUUGUGAUCGAUGAAGCACACGAAAGAUCUAUUCACACAGAUUUACUUGUAGCCAUGCUUAAGAAACAACUUGCUAAGUUUCCUCUUCUCAAACUGAUCGUGACCUCUGCGACGUUAAAUACUGAUAUUUUCCGGCAAUAUUUUGGUAACUGCCCCCUGGUGACAGUACCCGGGAGAACAUUUCCUGUAGAGCGUGUUUACAUGAAGGAAAGGCCAACAGACUAUGUUGGUGGUGUUUAUGAGAAGAUUGUUGAAGUGUGUCAAAGUAAAGAACAGGGAGAUAUUUUGGUAUUCUUGACACAGCAGAAUGAAAUUGAGAAGACUUGUGAUAAGUUGGAACAGAGAUUAGGAACAGGAAACAUCAUCCUUCCUCUUCAUGGCAAAUUACAAUCAGAUGAACAACAGAAGGUUUUUGAGACAACGCCCAAAGGAAAGAGAAAAAUUGUCGUGGCAACAAACAGCGCAGAAACUUCACUGACUAUUGAUGGUAUUCGUAUCGUUGUUGAUUCAGGCAUGGUGAAAGAACCAUCUUUUGAUCCUGCUAGAAAUAUGACCACUUUAGAGGUUAAACUUGUGAGCCAAAGUUCAGCUGUACAGCGGUCCGGUAGGGCAGGACGUACAGAGCCAGGCAAGUGUUAUUGUUUGUACACAUACGAAGAUUACGAGAAUAUGGCGAAAAAUACAAAACCUGAGAUCUUAAAAAUGCAUCUUGGAAUGGCUGUUCUUCAGCUGUUAAGUUUAGGAGUCACAGACAUCCAACAAUUUGAUUUUGUCCAAAGUCCACCAGCUGAUGCGCUGACGAAAGCAAUUGAGAGUUUGAAAAUGCUGAGGGCUUUAGACCCGGACGGAACUUUGAAUGACUUGGGAAAAGAAAUGCUUCUUUUACCGACUGAACCACAGCUUUCAAAAGCGCUUCUUGAGGGACUUGAUCGAGGAUGUGGAAAUGAAAUCAUCAUUGCUGCGGCACUUAUGUCGAGCGGUCAUGACGUUUUCUAUCGAGGAAACCUUGAGAUCAGAAACGAAUGUGCCAUUCAAAAACAAGAAUUCUGUCAGACCAGUGGUGACCUGCUGAGUGCAAUUGACGUGUACAAAAAAUGGUCAGAGAAAUCCAAGAAAGAGCAAGUUGCCUGGUGCAAGGAGAAUGCUUUGAAUUCCAAAUUACUUCGCGCUGCUCGAGAGACGUUUCGGGAGAUCAGAGAAGCGUUGUCUCAUCUGCGAGAUCGCGGCAUCAACUUGGACGUGACAGCAGAGAAUAUUCAGGAAUCUUUGAUUAAAAGUUUAUUAACUGGAUAUUUCGAGAAUAUAGCUUGGUCAUUUGGUCAUGAUAGACUUGGUUAUAUGGUGGUAUCGUCAAAUCACACCAAUCAGAAGGCAAGAAUUCAUCCAUCAUCUGUUCUCGCCAGUCUUGGUUAUCAACCUGAUUGGGUACUAUACCAGCAACUCAAGAGCUCAAAUGAUCAAGUCUUUUUACUCAAUAUCACACCAGUACAUUAUGAAUGGUUGGCAGAAGUUGCUAUGCAUAUGUUACAGUAUAUUGAUGAAGACGCCAUUGAUAAAUCAAGAGUUAUACGACAAAGAUUCCACCCAGUUGGUCCAGAGAUGGUCAAAGCUGUAAUUGGUUUUCAAGGUUCUACUCUGAAACAGAUAGAAGCAUCUGUAACCGAAAAGUAUUCUGUAUUUUGCGCAGUCGAAUGUAGCGUGGAUAAAGGAAUGGUCGAUGUAUAUACCUCAAAGGAUUCUCUUCAUUACGCCAGUCAACUUGUGAACGAUGUGAUCCAGAGAAGACGACAUGAACUUGAUGGUUACUCAGAGGUUGUCAUUUCAAAUGUAGGGGGCCUUAAAAUGUUAGUUUCAAACAAUUUGCAAACGAAGUUAAUCCUUCAACCCAGAACCUCAUGCAAAUUUGAAGUUUUUGUUGACACAAUCGACCCGAGUGAAAAGGUUGAAUCAAUGACUGUGCUUGAGAUGCUCAAAGACGCCGGGAAAAUUCUCCACUUUGCCACGACAACCAAGCCUGGGAGUGAAGGAAAUUUCAAGUGGGGUAAUGUUACCUACAUUUCUACUGACGAAGCCGAGAAGGCAAGAAAAUUUCUGAAUUUUGUGGAUCCACUUGAUUUACCUUACAAUGUCCAAAAAAUAAAGCUCAGUCCCAUACGCGUUGAAAGAGCAACUUCCCAGGAUAAUACGCAGCCCUCUGGAAUCAAAGUUUUAGUUAGCUGGUUUCCACUUCCUGCAAGUGGACGAGCUUACAUCAAGUGUAAGAGUAGAGAGGUAACUGACAUGAUAGUCCAGAACCUCGAUUGUGUAUUAGCACCCGUUGAAUCACUCAAACCCAAAAUAUUCGUCAAAAAGGAUUCAGGUGAUAUUUGUAUACAUGUACGCGAGACGGCCGACGAAUUUACAGUAAGAAAACAACUCGAAAGUUGUUGUACAAUAUCACAAAUUGAAAACAUUUCAAAAAUUAGUGUUCCGUCGAAACAGUCUAAGAUUGAUCCUGAAGAAGAGAAAGAAAAACUGAUAGAAGUUUUAAAGGAUUUUGGACCUGUGCGAAUUUUGAAACCUUGGAUUGCAAAUAGUCAGAAGGUUCUGGCGUAUGCGAUAUUUGAGGACUUAAACAGCGCUGAAAAAACUGUACUAGAGUUGAAUGAAAGAAAUGGCGUUAUUGGAGCAAGAGCAAUGUACCUGGAAUUUGCGAAAAAAGUAGAAGUCAUGUGUGAUGGAAGAAUAUUUGAAAAAAUAAGGAAAGAAAUCGAAGCACUAAAGAAAGAUGAUGUCACCAUCAGUAAUGAGCAAUGUCAGAGACGUAGAAAGAUCAUCGUCACUGGAGACGAUCCUAAGGUGGUGCAAGAUAUCGGAGUUACCAUAUCAAGUUUAGUUGCCCCGGAGAUCGUUUUGAUAGAAGAUGCAGAAACAGCCGAGAUUUUGUCAAGUGGAUAUGGCCGUUCAAAAAUCAAACAGAUCCAAAAACAGACCAAUGCAAUAAUCUAUACCAACAACUUUGGUCGCCGUAUUCAAAUAACCGCCAAUUCAAAAUCAAAACGCCAAGCUCGGGUACAGAUUGAGAAAUUGAUCAAAGAUCUGCGAAAAACCAGACAUUCAGAGAUUGAUCUACGACAUUCAGAUCGACCUGUUGGCGCAAUCCGAGAGAUUCUGAAACACUUUGGAAAAGAUCUUAACAAACUCGUUGAAGGGGAAGAUUGCCAAGCUUCAAUGGAGAUCAGACGUCGAAAACUUGUUUUACAUGGUUCCAAAGAAGCUGUUAAUAAAGUUCAAAAUAAAGUAGAAGAAUUUCUUCAAACAUUACCCAACUCACAGAGGGAAACAGCAAACUUAGUUAAUGAAUGUCCAGUUUGUUUUGGUGAAGUUGAAGAUCCGUAUCUUCUUACAUUAUGUGGUCAUGCCUAUUGUUUUGCUUGCAUCACACAGUACCUUAACAAUGUUUUUGAUUCAGUAAAGAGUGCGGACAUGUUUCCACAGAAAUGUAUGUGUGAGAAGUGCGAGUAUUAUGCAAUCAAAGAAGAUUACUCAAAGCUGUUAGAUGUGGAUCAAAUUGAAAAGCUCUACCGUAUUUCGUUGGAAUGUUUCAUGAUUGGUAACCCCAACAUCAAGCCCUGCCCCACACCUGAUUGUUCCUGGAUAUAUGAAAUCACUGCAGACCCGAACGUUUUUACAUGUCCGGAGUGUAAUACCCAAACGUGUAAAAAAUGCGGAGAUUCAGGUCAUGAAAAAUUUGAUACGUGUGAAGCAUUUAAAGCCAGUAAAGGAAUAUCAAGAUCAGAUCAACAGUUGAAGGAGUGGGCGAAGGGCGCUAAUACUCGCGAAUGUCCGAAAUGUUCAGUAAUGAUAGAAAAAAAUUCCGGAUGUGAGCACAUGCAUUGUACCCAGUGUAAGGCUCACAUAUGUUGGCAGUGUGGAAAGUUCUUUUCAACUAGUGAACAAUGCUAUGAACAUAUUCCCUUUUGCGACAGUCUUAAAUGAGUGCAUGAUUCCACGUGGUAUGAUUUGACUUUUGCACCCUGCAGAAUCACGUAAAGUAACUUCUCAACAUAGCUUCUUUAGAUGUUUAUAUAAUUGGAAAGUGCAUGGCCUUGCAUGAUGUGGCAAUAGUGCCGAACGUUUAUUCUUAUUGUAUUGGGUAAAAUAGUUUGGUGAUUCAAAAUUUUUGUUCCUUCUAUA